UCAAAUUCUCCCGCCAUUAAAGUUGAGUAAGAGAGAAAAUGAAGGACACUCAAACUCCUCGGAACAAGGACAUCUCUCAUCGUCGACCAAAGGAUUCUCCGUCUGCAAAAUCAAUUUCCGAGCAAUCUAAAAAGCAUCAGAAAGUUGCAAAGAAGAGCUUGAAUGCUGAAUUCGCUUCAGUUUCUGAAGAUUUAUUGAAUGAAUCAGUGAUGGAAUCUCUUAAUUUCUCUACAAUCUCCGAAGAAUCAUUGGAUAGCUUCGAGAGUUCAAUAGGUGCUGAAAAUCAGUCUACAGUUACAUCAGAGGAAGCUUCUCCACACUCCAUUUUUACACCAUUAUCGAAGGUGACAACUGUAUGUGAUGAAUCAGUCGAUAUUUCACUUGAUCGCGACAAAAAAUUUAAAUCAAAAAGUUCUAUCGAGGUGGAUGUGGUUGUGAAUCUUCUUAAGCAAGCUAGAGAUCAAGUUUUGAGCUCGAAUGACGUUUCUGAUACAUCAAAGAAGCUUCUGGAUGCAUCGGUUGAAGCCUCUAUGAAAGAACUCUGUGCUUUGCCUGACGAAGGAGAUGUAAUCAAUGCGCUCCUUUCAAAAAAGAUUAGAAUUGUGGUAGUUUGUUUUGUGGUUUGGCUGAUCGCUGUGACUACGAUCAUGAUCUUCUUCCAGCGUUCCGAAGCACGAAGCUCGUCUUCUUUCAAUCCUUCUCCUUCCUGA